ACACACUUGCAGAAUAAAGUGUCAGAACAAACCCCGCCGCAAUGACGUCCAUUUUCGGGCUGUUGGACAAGAGACAGAGAGCCGCCGAUGAUGCAGCUUUUGCCAAUGAGUUGGACUUCUCCUAUGAGGAGCGAGCAGAUUUGCUGGCUGACCUGUUGGAGGAAGAUACCUCCCUGUUCCCCUUGUUGGAUUGCCCACCCGAGGUCUUAUCCUCUGUGUUAUUAUUAUCAGAAGCUGUUACCUCAGUCCGUUUGAGACCACUCUGCUGCCAGAUGCGUGUGGCUGUGGACAGCAACGAAGGCCUUUGGAGUCUACUGACCUUGCGAGAUUUUGCUGACCUCGGUGGUACCACAAAGCACUACAAAGGCUUGCGCACCUUGGCGGAAUGGGAUGAAUCCAACGCCAUGAGGCGUCUGGAAUGGGAUCCGCUGAUGAUUUGUGCGCCGCCGGCGCUGCGCUACAGUUUGUUGGCUGCCAUGCAGGUCCGACGACAGCUGUGGUCCAAGCACGGACCGUCACUGGGCGCCGGCUGGGAUUGGUUCAGUGCCAAGGUGUGUCGGAGGAUGGCUGUGCCCACCUUUUUGCGAUGGGCCUCGCUGCAGCAUGAGCCAUCCUCCCUGCAGGCCUUGUUGCAGCCACUGGGCCUCUCCACCGAGAGCCGCAAGCGCUCUCUCCACGCCGACACGGAAGCCACGGGCGCAGACUCGGCCGAGCCCGAGGCGAAACGCAGCCGUGGUGCAGGCAUGCGUUUCCGUUGCGGCCGCUCUGAUGCAGUGGAACUGAGCGAGGAGGCCGUCAACGACAUUUAUGAGACGGUGCAACGAUGGCACAGCAAGGAGCACCGGGAGAUGAUGCGAGCACAUUUCCAACGUGGGGAUGAUGACAAGAAGGGCUCCGAGUUGCCCAGGAGCAAUAGCGGUGCCUUUAGCGUCACACCCACCCUGGACGCGCACGAAGCCGCAGUCUUUGCGCUCAACGACUGCGAGUCCUCCAAGGACGAAACUCCCAAGGUGACAGCCGCGGCACGAGAGGCACGUGAGCGCGGCGCAGCAUCCAGACACAUUGAGGAAGCGCAGCUGAGACUUGCCAUGGAGCUCUCCAAACGGGAAGCAGAAGCUGCUGCCCCAGUCCCCAGCGACAGCGGCGACGGCACCGCAGCUUUAGGCCCCACGGAUGCGCCGAAGGAAGCCGAGGCGUCGAAGGAAGCCGAAGAACCGGCGACCGAAAAGGUGGAGGCGGUGGAGGAGCCCAAAGUCAGCGCCCCCGAGUUCACCGGUCUUCCACUUCGUGGAGAAGGUGGAGUGCCUGCAGCGCAAGUCUUUGUCAAACCUCACUGUCUGGCCACCCGUGUGGAAAGCUUACCUGAUGCACUGGAGAGAUCCAUCGAGAGCAUCGUUCACAAGUUGGUGACCCCCAGCAGCUGGGCCUUGCUCUACGAAUCGGUCACCGAAGAGCUGUGUCUGCGCGCCAAGUGCGCGGCCCACGCCUUGUGUGCAUCCCACACGAAGGCCAUGGAUCAACUGGACGACUUGGCAACCGGCGACACAGCCAAGCUGCAGGGCGCUGACCAAAUCUCUUUGGACCAUGAGCGGAUGUGUUUGCCCAUUUGGCGCAAGAGUUUCGUCAUGUCCGGCCUCAGCUGCCUGGGCACCACGACUUCGUCGAAGUCCAGCGAUGGCGAUGCGGUGGAGCUGCGGUUGAACAACGCGCGGCACGAGUUUCUGAAACACGCCAUGUUGGAAUGGUGCGAACUGGAGGAUCUCACGGAGUUUUUGGAUGCCCAACUGGGUCCCUUGGAAAUGGCCAUCGACAAUUUCCGUGGCUCGCAAGAAGUCACCCGCGCAGCGCACACGCCGCACGUGCGCGACAUUGGACGUUUGAUGUUCCGAAAUCACUGUCUGUUGGAUUCUCGAGUCUUCAGGCCUUUGUGCUUGGCAGCCUAUGCCCUUGUCCAUGAGAUCAAGCGUGCCUCCGAGAAGGGGACGUUCUCCGCAACCCUGGCGAUGGUCUCCGCGGAAGGCGAAGACGGUCUCGACGGUCUCAUCGAGAUUCUGGAACAGUUCCAUGGAAUGCUGGACUCCUGUGAUGUUGCAGAUGAUCACCUCUCUUCAUCCAAGAACACCAAGGAGUCCUUUGUUGAGAACCUGGUGUCUCCCAUCUCGGCGGCUGUGGAGCGUUUUGGGGACAAGGACAUCCGAGGGCAUCCCUCGAGAGAUUUACCUAGCGAGGGUCGAGGACGUAGGAAGACCUUCCAAUGUAUGUGAUGAUCGGCCCUUUGGCUACAGCAACUGUACAUAUCGUCGUGACAUUUCGUGACAUUUCGUGACAUUUCGUGACAUUUCGUGACAUUUCGGCAGCUCAGAGUUCCAAGCUGCCCGCAGCAAACG